AGAAAGUCUUUUAAAUUUUUUUUUAGAUAACUUUCAUGUAACCAUUAAAGAAGGGCAUCUUCCUAACAUUCUCCUUAUUUCUGAAAAAAAUGAUCCACAAGAAUUACUGAAACUCAUAAAGUUAGUAGUUUGUUGUGUAAUGUUUUGCGAUAGAAGGGAAGAAUUUAUUAGUAGACUUUUAGCAACGGAAAGAUCUGUUCAAAGCAGUAUAAUGUCUAUAACAAAAGAAAUGCUCUCCUCGUACCCUUCACUGGUCGAUUUAAAUAGUGAAGAUCCUUUGACGGUUCCUGAUUCGCGUGAAACUUUCAAAGAAAAUUUCCUUCAAGAAAGUAUUGAAAACUUAAAAGUGGAGAAUUUUAAUCUAAAACAAACACUGGAAGAUUUGAAGGACGAAAUAAAAGAUUGCCACAAUCUUGAAACUCAUACAAUUCCUGGUAAAGCAGUGUUUGCAGCGAAUUUAGAGUUAAAGCAGUUGAAAGAGGAAUUGGGAUCGUUAGAUUUUGAAUUAAAAAAGAAAAAUGCUGAAAAUAUUCAAUUGAAAGAAGAAAAAAAAAGUCUUGAAUAUGAAUUAAUAGAUUUACAGGAAUUGCGAAGGAGUUUGCAAGAAUGGAAGGACAAAGCAAGUCUUUCCCAUCAUAAUACUGAAAAACUUCAGAAACUUGAGCGCCAGUUGGUCGGCUAUAGAACAAAACUUGAAACGUUGAAGGAAGCGCUGAACCAAUCAGAAAGAAACAGUCAAUAUUUUGAAAGUGAAAAUAAAAGUUUGAAAGAAAAAAUAAAAAAAAUAAAAAGCGCUUAUGAAGAACAGCAAAAUAGUGAAGAUGCUUACCAAAAUAAACUUCAUGAUGAGCAAGUCGAAAUUGCUCUUCAGUCAGCCAAUGAUAAGAUCGUUUUUUUGGAAACCGCGUGUCAACAGUACGUAGAAAAAAUUCACGAACUUGAAGAUAAAAUGGACCACUUUGAACACGCAGAAUCUUCCGUUGCAAACUUGUCUGUUUCUGAAGUACCAGGUUCGCUAGGAACUUUUAUAAAUGAGGAAGCGGAUUUCCUGCAAUUGCCAAACGCACAAAUUUCCGACUUAUUGGAGAACAAUUUAAUAUUAGCCAAUAAAAAUAAACUUUUGGAAUCACAAAAUGAAGCAUUGGAAGAAAAAAUACAACAACUUGAGCAAGCCGAAAAAAGUCGUCUACUAUUAUCUAGCGAUGCCGAGGUGACAAAUGAGCAGAAUUACCUUUUGCAAAGCGAACUCGCUACACUAAAAGCGCAUAAUGAAGAGCUGGAAGAAAACUUGAAUAGCACAAAACUCGAGUUGGACGCAAUAACAAAACAAUUCCAGAAAGAAUUAGAAUUGGGCGUCGGCUCUGAUUUUCAGGAAAGUAUAAGAUCUCUGCAAAAUGAACUUAAUGAAAAGGAGAAUCAGUUAUCAGCCGCUAAGGCGGAGUAUGAAAAAUGCAAAAAAAGACUAACGCUGGAGAAUCGCUUAAUAGCAAGCUACGUGUACGAGUUUGGAAAGGAAAUACAAAAAGUUGGCGCAGCUGAGCGCUUGCAAAGCCGGGGAAAUCUCCCCUUUUUAACUCAACAGCGCAAAACUGCAUUUCAGAAUUUUAUGGAAGAACUGAACUUCUAA